ACCCUGAUGAUGAUGAUGAUGAUGAUGAUGGUGAAAAUGUAAUUUCCUUGAAUAAAAUCAAAGCUGAACUUUCACAGCCAGCAUUUAUGGAUUACAACGACAAGUUAAGUCAUGCAGAUGCAGAUGAUGAUGUUGAAAGUAAAGUAAGUGCUCUUGCCAGAAUUGCUCCAACAUAUGAUCUUCAGCCCCCUUUCCAGCCUUCAUCAACACCUGCCCACCUACAGCACAGGUUCAUGGUGUGGAAUUCUAUUGGCGUUGUACGUUGUUACAAUACUGAAGAUGAGAACUCCAUUGAUGUGGAAUUCCAUGACACAUCUUUGCAUCAUGCCCUGCAUAUAAAUAACUUUCUGAAACACACUAUGGCAACAUUGACAGAUGAAGUUUUAGUCUUGGCAUGUGAGAUUCAGGAUGAGGCUCCAAGCAGAGUGGUGUGUGUGCUACUGAAUUCAUGGGACGGCAGCAAAGAAUGGAGUGUAGACCUUCCUGAAGGAGAAGAGGCCCUAGCAAUUGCAGCUGGUAAGGGUUGGCUUGCUGUUUCUACCGACACCAGGAACCUGCGGCUGUUCACUGUUGCAGGCACUCAGCGAGAAGUGGUCUCUCUGCCAGGUCCUGUAGUGUGUGUUGCUGGGUCUAGAAAUAGGCUGCUGGCUAUUUUCCACAAUGGCAUGGGUCUUCCAGGUGACCAGAAUCUUGGGUUCAUCAUGUUUUCAGUGGGUCCAGGUCAGCUUCAGGCUGUUACAACUGUUCAGCCCCUUUCCUUGACUCCGAAAUCAACUCUGAAAUGGGCAGGCUUUUCUGAUGAGGGAACACCAUUUACAUCAGACUCAGCUGGAAUGAUUCGUAUGUUUUCAAAGAAAGGUUAUUGGCUGCCUGUUUGCGAUACUCAGACUAAUUGUAAAGGAAAAUCAGAUCAUUAUUUUGUGCUUGGAAUAAAUGAGAACUUCCAGAAUGUUCGCUGUGUUCUUUGCAAGGGCUCAUAUUAUCCUCCCACAAUUCCUCGUCCUGCAGUUGCAGAGAUUCCAUUGCAGUUGCCAAUAUGUGAGACAGCUACAGAGAAAGGCCUUUUGGAAGAGAAGUUCUGGCGAUCACAGCUUUUAUGUUCAACAGUUGAUAACAUGUGCGAGAUUGGACUUGGGUCAUAUAUGGAUAAGGAUGCCCUUGACAGAAAUAUAAAGGAGACAAUUAUAAAGUUGUUUGCUCUGGCAUGCAGAAGUGGGCUUGAAUACAGAGCUGUUGAAUUGUGUGACUUGAUGCCAUCACACCAUGUUGUCCAACUUGCAGUGAAAUAUGCAUCCAAACUUGGGAAAAUGAACCUUGCAGAUAAAGUUUCAGAGGUGGUAGCUCACAAGCUAGAAGAGCGUGAACAGCGCCUGCAGUGCUCUCAUGUUGAUGUUUAUACUUCAGGGUACAUGUCAGAUGGAAUGGAGUCAACUUUACUGUCUUCUAAAGGUAUAUCUCAUGAGCAAAGCUGGAAUCAAGAUAGUACUGAAGUAAAUGGCCAUGCAGAAGAUCCUACCAAAACAUCUACAGAGUCAGAGAACGUGUUUCUAGCUGCUGCAAAACAAAAGAGAAAUGCGACUUGGACAGAGAUAAAACCCAUUAUGCCACUGAGCCAGAAGAGACUUAAUCCAUUUAAAAAGUCAGUUACCAAAGCAGAAAGUGGCAGAGGUCUGGAAAAUCUUGGUGCUUCAUUUGCACAACAUUUGUCCAACAAAAGCAAGCACACUUCUACUCCAGAGCAGUCAUCACCUCAACAGAUAAAGCAGGUUAAACAGACAACACUGUCAGCACUGAAAUCAGCAGAUGUACCUGCAGCACAAACUCUCACCAAGAAACUACCCACAUUCUUUGAAUGGUAUGAAAAAGAAAAAGAAACUCUUGCAGAAGAAUUCCCUGAUCUGAGUGCUGCAGAGUUAUCGCGUCUUGGCAUGAAGCGGUUCAAGGAGUUCAUACAAAAAGAUAAACAGAUCCCAGUAACAGGUGAUUCUCAUACAGAAAGUCAGACUGUAAUACCAGAGGCAAAAGAAAGAAAACUAGGAGAAGAAUCUGAAUCACAGGGAGGAAAACUGCCAAAGAAGAGUCAGACUAUAAUAUCAGAGGCUAAAAAGAGAAAAUCAGAAGAAGAAUCUGAUUCACAGGAAGGAAAACCAUCAAAGAAGAUAGUAACAUCUUCCUCCUCUAAGCUGAUGGCUUUUGCAUUUAAAAAGUCUUGAAACCCUGAGACUGGUUUCUGUGGAGUGUAUUUUAUGAAUAUGCAGAGUGGAAAGAUUUUUUUAAUUCAGUUUGUGUGAAUUUUUCAUUUUAUAUUUUAUUCAUAAUAUUAAGUAUUUAUAGUGUAAUUACUUUAAACAAAGGUACAGUUUGUCAUGUUCUAAAAGCAGCCCAGCCUUUCACCAGUACUUAUGAUGCUCCUUAUGACUUUGUAUUGAGUCACCUAAUAAAUCACAUAUCUGGCAGGCAAGGGCCAAUGUGUUAAAUGUCUGCGAAGCAACCACUAGGCAAUGAAGUGUCGUGUGUUUCAACCCAUUUCAUUUGCAGUGUCUUUACAUAACAGUCCUAAUAUUUCCUUUGAAAUACAACAUUAUUCUGGCUGGCUACCUGUCUCUGUCUUUGUAAACCUAUGGAUUAACUUUUAAUCUGUAAUAUAAUUAAAAAAUCAUUUUAUAUA